UUUCCUGUCGCCUGUCUUUUGAGUCUGGUUUGCGAGGUGACGUUGGAACCCGAGGGUGCGGAAAAGCUGGGUCGUGGACCCCCGCCAGGUCUCAGCACCACGGAGGUGCCGGGUGUUGCCGAGGGCGCGGGGCCGGUUGCCGCCGGUGGUGCGCUCCGCCCCGGGGCCCCAGCCCCUGCGCUGGGCCCGGCCCUGGCUCCAGCCCAAGGCCAGGCUAGGGCCUCGCAGCUCACCUUCCUGGUGAUGCGUCCCUCCGGGAGGCAGGAGGAAGCUGCAGCCGACAGCGUCCUGAGGCAGGCUCCUGCCCUGGGGGGCAGUGCCGGGGCGGGCAAGCCUGUUAGGUAUCCUUGUGAAGCGGCGGGGGAUGGAGAGGAGGAAGCGGGGGAGGACGAAGCCGACCUGCUGGACACUUCGGACCCUCCGGCGGGAGGCGAGAGCACGGCUAGUUUGGAGGACCUGGAGGACGAAGAGACCCACUCCGGGGGCGAGGGCGGCAGCAGGGGAGCCCGGAGGCGGGCCAGCGGCGGGGGCAGCAUGUGCAAGACCUGCACUUACGAGGGCUGCAGCGAAACCACGAGCCAGGUGGCCAAGCAACGCAAGCCGUGGAUGUGCAAGAAACACCGCAACAAGAUGUACAAGGACAAGUACAAAAAGAAGAAAAGUGACCAGGCCCUGAAUUGCGGUGGAGCCGCCCCAGCUGGCAGUGCGGGGAACGUCAAACUGGAGGAAAGUGCAGAUAGCAUUCUCUCAAUUGUUAAACAAAGAACAGGAGCUUUGGGGGAUCGUCCUGCAAGACCUACACUUUUAGAGCAAGUGUUAAAUCAAAAAAGAUUGUCAUUAUUAAGAAGCCCAGAAGUGGUGCAGUUUUUACAGAAACAACAACAGCUAUUAAAUCAGCAAGUUUUGGAGCAAAGACAACAACAGUUUUCAGGAACAUCAGUAUUUUGAAGCAGUUACUUUCUGUGAAAGUUAUGAAGUUUUAAUUGACAUUAAUCUUGGAUCUCACUCAGUGGUUUUCAUCAAGGGGCAGUUGGAAAUGUUAUGGGUAUGUUUCACAGUGACUGUGAAACCUGCUGGCUUUUAGUGAAUGAGCCAGGAAUGCUACAUGUUCUGCAGUAUUUGGAAUGGCCCUCUUAAGAAACACUGAUAGCUACCUGUGAUGAAAAAAUGUGCUGGGGCACUUUUUGCAGUUAAGACUGAAGCUGUCAAAGAGGUAAGCAUACUUUAUAUCUGUAGGGAAAGUUAAAUUGUUAAAUAUCUGUGAAAUUAGGGUAUAUAUCUGUUUUUAGUAAUGUGCUAGUGAAACCUGAGAGGGAUUAACAGUACACUGGAAUGAAUGCACCUCCACAAGUUCGCUUCUCUUUUUCAUGUUACCUGUUAGUGUUGAUCUCUUUUAAAGCAGACACUGUUGUGUGUUGAAUUUGUGAACAGUAUAGAUGUAGUUCACCCUACCAGUGCCAGGACAAAAUUAUUUUUUUAAUACUCAUGUAUUUUUCAAAAAGAGAUCCUGAAAAUAAUAACAUUCCAACAUUUUGUCAAUGUUUUUAAAAAUUGAGCUAUAUUUAAGACUCUGUUAUUCCUAAAUAAUGUUCAAAGAAUGACGCUAAUAUAUAUAGUUACUUUUUUCUUAUAUUUUUUUCCUAGGAAAACUUUUAAAAGGCAAACCUAUCAAUAAGAGUAACAAAUUACAGUAUGUCCAGUGUUAGAACAAUAAAUGUAGGUGUCUCAAGUUUAACUGCAAAAAUGUGUUAGUUUCUUGGUUUUUAAGCUCUGAAAUAGAUAAGUUAAACUGAGUCAUAGCUGUACCAAGAAGUACUUAAGGAGAGAAAGAAUCUUUUUGUUCAUUUUUAUAUGCUUUAGACUUGCAUAUCUGUGCAAAAACACUUUUACCAAAAUUAUUCAUUAAAGUUCACUUGUUGACCUUUGAGUUGUCUGAUUCACUUACUCUAUUCUGUAGUUGCUUCAGACUGGAUACAGAGGAAUUAAUUUGCAUUUGUAAUUAACUGUUACUUGUUCUCUAGCUUAUGGUGUUGGGAGCUUUAUUGAAUCCCUAUAGGGCCAUGGUUGGCAAACUGCGGCUCACGAGCCACAUGCGGCUCUUUGGCCCCUUGAGUGUGGCUCUUCCUAAGCCUUAGGAGUACCCUAAUUAAGUUAAUAACAAUGUACCUACCUAUAUAGUUUAAGUUUAAAAAGUUUGGCUCUCAAAAGAAAUUUCAGUCGUUGUACUGUUGAUAUUUGGCUCUGUUGACUAAUGAGUUUGCCGACCACUGCAUAGGGUAAGUUAACUUUUAUGUGGGAAAAAAGUCAACUGUGCUUUUAUAAAUGGAAUAGGAAGAAUAGGAAAGGAUGGAACGGGGCCAGUGAGAACUGAAUUAAAACAAAAGGGAUUUCAUGUAAUACUGAGAGGAGUGAGAAGCAGAAUUAGGUAAAUAGGGUACCGGGUGGAAGAAGGAGGAAUCGUGGAGCUAGCUGAAACCACAAAAUGUUUUGCAGAAUAACAAGAUAGCAGAAAAAUAGGAUGUUCUGAGACAAGGAUGUUUUUCUUACAAGUGCAAAAUAAAAUGUUGCAAAACGGCCAGGAACCAAUCAGCGGCACAGAUAGACAAAGAAUGGGCCUUUAGCAGAUACAAGGGGAAGAGCAGAAUGUUUUGGCAGCAUCCCAUUUGGAUCCCCUCCCUGAGCAGCGAGCCUGUGUUUGCUUGCAGUAAACUCCUGCCUUGUUUGAA